UCCUAGUGUUCGUGAAUCAUCGCAACAUUGGCGCCAUGGAAGCCUUACGCGCAGCUAAGGAGGCAUUGAAGGCAAAAAAUCGCAUCUCUAAGAAAGUCCAUACCAGAGGGGGCUUGCGCUUGAGCGGUGGGUUCAGAGUUAAGAAUCUAUCGUCACAGCCUAACACUAGACAUGACAGAUUUUAAGGAUCGGCAAGUGGCUUUGCAUCAGGACUUAUGGAACUCGACCGUGAUCGUGACCGAUUAUCAAAAUCACACCAACGACCUAAAAACAAAAAAAAAAAUAAUGGGAGGAUCACACCUUGAGAUGGCGAAAGUUGUUCUAAGGAAUGUUGGAAAAAAAGGAAAUGAUGAAUAAAACAAACUCCAUCUUAGAGGUUGAACAGUGUAAUGAAGCUGUUUUGGAUUCUACAUUCACGUCACCACCUUUUGGCUAUAGUUCGGACUAUGAGUAUGAUUGUUUGGUAUUUCCCUUUAAUAAUUCCAAACAAUUGGCAUUGCUGGAAGAUAACGUGAAGGGCAGCGUGGACGUGCGUGAGCAAUACUUUAAAUCACCAACAUUUAUUUGCAACAGCUCCUGAGGCCAAUCUUCAAAGCUAGAGUUGAAGAAUUGGAAUGCUAUCACACCCGUUCUGCAUAUUUCGCUAUGUAUAUAUUCAUCCUGCAGAAUCCAUGUUACUAAACCAAGUGCCUGAAGGAAAGAAGCUAUUAAUAAUAAUAAUAGCAAUACAUGGAACAAACACUUGUAUCCGAAACAUUGUCCAGUCAUAUUUAAGCGAAUAAACAUUGUUUUAAUAAUCUUAACAGUUCACAAAUUAUUGCUGUCUGUUAUAAUAAAAUCUUCUGACAGUCUAAUCAGUUUGUUCUUUCCGCUCUAGCUUAUCUGUCAUUGGCAUAUCUCGAUCGGAAACCCCCACUAAGCGCGAACACUUCAGCGCCGAAGACGCGUAUCAAAUCUUUCACACGAUUGAGCACACUAAGUACGAACCGAAGCGUCGGUGUGGACGGAUUUACCUUUCCGCUUCAAACGGCUGACGACAUCGAACGGCUAGAAUCGGCCGUGCGAGAAAACCGAAUAAUCUGGCAACAGUAUGUUGAUUUCCUGCGGGAUAAGAAAACGGAAGUCAUGGACAUCCCGAGUGUGAUGAAGCUGCUGUUCUUGGACGAAGCCCUCGAUGGGUAUAAUUUCAACGGCAUUCAAGGACGAAAAAUGCAGAAACGUCCGCUGAAGAUGUACGCCAUUUUCAUCGAUUGUAUGUUGGUGCUUAAACGAAUCGAGCUAUUCAAACAGAGUGCACAACAAGGUGUCGACAAUUUUACGUUCCCAAUCCCGGAUAGCGACACGAUAGAGCGAUUAGAAGCAGCGGUGCGGAUGUUCCCCAACAUCAGAAAACAAUACGUUGAACACCUCCGACGGGUCAAAGAACAAACCAAGAUGGUGACGAAGGCCUUCCCAGUGCUUUUCUCGGAUGCAGCACUAGAGAUGUACAACUAUAAUGGAACCGGGCGGAAAGAACGUCGAGCAAUGAAGGAUUACCACGUGUUCCACAACUGCAUGCUAGAGGCAUGGUCAGCGUAUGGUGUGAGCGAUGAACAUCUACAGGAUAGUAUCAACAUCGUCAUCAAACGAGCCGAUGGCCGAAAACGAGCCAAGCUAUUCAACUUUCGGCGACGAAUCUUCCAGAAUGUUGGCACAAUCUUUUCCGGCUAUCCGGAAGCGUUCCCGGACAACUUUCCCGACAUACAGUCAUAAUCGGGGAUUUUGCAAUUCAUGGUGGAUCACAAUACUAGCUUUAAGCGAUGCAAUAUUUAUUUCGGCAUAUUUUAAGAUGAUUUCACAUUCGACGCAAUCAGUAUCUUUAUUUAUUUUACUGCUAUGUCUAGUAAUAAUGAUUAAUGAACCAAGAGCUCAAUUCUUUUUUAACUGGAUAACGUAAAUAUGUAGGUUUUACCAUAGAACUCGGCUCUUACAUUUUAGACCACUUCAGUAUCAGUGAUUGGUAUCCAUAGAGAUACUUUUGAUUUAAAUGUGGAAUAAAAUAUUUGGGACUUGUCAGCUAAAAAUUACAAACUAAUACAAUUUGAUGUGAGCUCCAAUAAAAUCGCUUUCAAAAAAGCA